AUUAACAUAAGUCCAUUUAGGAAUUUCUCACCACUUUCCGCCAACAAGACUUUUCUUUCGAAGAUUUAUACACAUACAAACAUGUAUAUAUACCCUGCACCAAAUGGGCUUCUUUUUUAUUUUAGUUUUUAUUGAUUCUGUAGCUGUAACAGUGGAUUCUUGAAGUUGUUUCUACACAAGUAUUAAUCUUUUGCUGAAAUUUCAGGCACUUGGUUCUGUAACUGAACAAUUGAUUUUUUAUACCCGAGCAGUAUCUGUACACAAAGCAAUAUUCCUUUUCAAAUAUGUUUAGUCAUAGGAAAUCUCCUUUAAACAAAAUCUCUAAACAGGCCUCAGUUGACACUGGAUUGCCUAAAAAGCACAGCACCAAUCCUUUUGAUAAUGACAGUGAGUUAGAUAAGCAGAGGGUGAAGCCCGCAAGGGCUUCAUCAGACCCAGCUCGAGCGAACUCUGAUAGUCGUGCUGACCUUUUUGAUCUCAAUGAGGUCAAAGGAACCCCCUCAUCUUCGUACUCUCUUUAUUCAGCUAAAAGCAAAUACAAGAAUGAUUUUCGUGAUGAUGGAGGAUUUGAGAAUCAGAGUGUACAAGAAUUAGAAGACUAUUCUGUAUACAAGGCUGAAGAAACUACAAAAACAGUCAACAACUGCCUAAAGAUUGCAGAGGACAUACGAGAGGAUGCUACUAAAACUUUAGUCACCUUGCAUCAGCAGGGUGACCAAAUUACAAGAACCCAUGCAACUGCUGCUGACAUCGACCAAGAUCUGAGUAGGGGGGAGAAGCUUUUGGGAAGUCUUGGAGGCAUCUUUUCUAAAACUUGGAAACCGAAGAAGAAUAGGCAUAUUGUGGGCCCUGUUACAUUUAGAGAUGAUCCAGUGCUAAGAAAGGGUAAUCACUUAGAGCAGCGGGAGAAAUUAGGAUUGUCUUCUGCACCCAAGGGACAAUCAAAUGGACGGGCACCACAUCCUGAACCAACAAAUGCAAUGCAAAAGGUCGAGGUAGAGAAGACAAAGCAGGACGACUCUCUCUCAGAUUUAAGCAACUUGUUGGGGGAACUCAAACAUAUGGCCGAAGACAUGGGAUCUGAAAUUGAAAGGCAUAAUAAACUUCUAAAGCCUGUUGAGGAUGAUGUGGAAGAGCUUAACUUCCGAGUGAAAGGUGCUAACCAGCGUGCUCGCAAGUUGUUAGGGAAAUAGACCAGUCUAGGCCUUGAUGGAAGUCCCAGUACAAACCAUUGAUGACAUUGAUCAGUUCUGUUUAGUGAUUAAACCCUUUCUGCAUUGUAUUGAUUCACUUUUUUAAAUUUUGUACCUUUUACUUUAUCACUAAUUCAGUGCUGUUGCCAGAA